AUGGUUCGAAUUGCUGUUUUGGGUUGUGGAACGAUGGGUUUGAAAAUCGCAGGCAAUUUCGCCUAUUAUGGUCACGUUGUAAAGAUUUUCGAUAGUGAUUUAAAACAACUGGACAGUGCUUGUGAGCGUAUUCAUCAUGAUGAAGAUCAAUUGUAUCGCGAUGGAUUGAUUGAAUCGCCGAAAUUUUUAGGGCAAAUCUUGUGUUUGAAUCGACUGGAAGAUGCGGUGAAAGACGUGGAGUUCGUUUUUGAAUGUGUUAUUGAAAAUAUGGAAAUCAAACAAUCGCUAAUCGAAAAAGCCGCCCAAUUUGCUCCAGCAAACGUCAUCAUAUGUUCAAAUACAAUGAGAUUAGAUUUAGACAAGAUUUCGGAAAAUCUUUCUCAUAAAGAGAGUUUUGUCGGAGCACGAUUUCUUUUUCCUGUUUAUUAUGUGCCUGAAGUUGAACUCAAUCCAAGUAAAUCAACAAGUACGCAAACAAUCAGUGCCGUGAGAAAACUAUUGGAACAAAUGGAUAAAGUUUUGUACUUUCGUUCAUCAAUGGAUCCGUUAAUUCUUGACGAAGAGCAACGUGAAGCAAGACGAAAAGCUCGAAUUGAACAAUUGAAAAAAAGUAGUGGCAUUAUGGUUGUUCGCGGUCGAACAUUACCCGAAUUAACUUCCUCUACUCAUCGCACGAGUCACAAUGGAAAUCGCAGUGAAUUAAUUGAUAGCACAAAUAAUGGAAAUAACAACUCAAUUGCCAAUGAAAAUGUGGAUUGCUCAAUUUGUAUGGAUCGUCCGCGAAAUUCCGUUAUACGAUCUUGUAAUCAUUUCGUCACAUGUUAUGAAUGUGCACGAUUAUUGUACAAUCGCAAAGAUCCAUGUCCAGUCUGCCGUAAACGCAUCGAUGAUGUCAUUCGUGUUUAUACAUGA